UUUCCACUUGCUUUUACUUGUGAUCGCCAUAUUGGGCGCUCGAAUGGUUUUGCCUGGUUUUCUCUCGGAAUUACUACGAGACCGGAGCAGAUAGGAGUGUCCUGUCCACGGCUGCACAUUUUUUUUUGCGAUUCCAGCCACACCGUCUUCUCUUUUCUUUUCGUUUACCCUUUCUUAUCCCCCUCUCUCUCAAUUUUAAAUGCUCGUUUUUUUGGCAUGCUUGCUCUUCUCCUGCACGUUCGCGAUUCGCUCUACUUUGACGGGAGCCUCGUUCACGUUGCGUGUUGUUUGUAGUCGUCGUCGGCGUUUGCCUCCAUAGCACGACUUCUUGGUGUUGUUGUUUUGUCACACUUUUUUCCCUCUUUUUUUGUUCGGGACAGAUUUUUUUUUUUUUUCAUUUUCAUGUAGGAAAAAUGUCUGACGUGCGCCUGUCUAACGGAAGCCCCCCGCUGGAGAGGGUGGACGCGAGACUCGCGGACCACACGAGGCCGCCGGUGUGCAGGAACCUGUUCGGGGGUGGAGGCGCCGCGGACGCGGCGGAGCUCCGGCGGGACUGCGCGGAGCAGCUGCGGGAGAUGGCGCGGGCUCAGCGGGACAAGUGGAACUUCGACUUCGCGCGGGACGAGCCGCUCUCCCCCGGCCAGUACGAGUGGGAGGCGGUGGACGGCAGAAGCGUGCCGGACUUUUACAGCAGGCCUCCGCGGGGAGCGGAGCCCGAGCGGACCACCGAGCGAGCUCCAGCGCGGAGCAGCCCGAGUCCGCCUAACCCGAGUCUGGAGAACGGAGCUGCUGUAGGAGGAGGAGAUGGAGGAGCGGAGAACACGGCUGCUCGCCCGGACCGCAGGGAAACGAGGAAAAGACCCUCCACAGAGCAGCAGGAUGGUGCAAGUCAGAGUAAAAGAGCGAACAGUGAUGCGGAGGAAGCGGAGGAAACGAACCACUGUCCAGACGAGUCCCCUUCAGUAGAGCAGACACCUGUAAAAAAACAUCCCAACACGUAAGGCAAGCGAGGCCUUGGGAGCAAAGAGAUGAAGAAUGUGUUUCUCCAUCAAAACCUUCGAGAGCUUUAUGAAGUAAACAGGGACAGCAAUGCAAGAAAAAAAAGCGCAUCGUCUUUUCUAAGGAUGUGCGAGGCAGUAGAAGCACUGAAUUUUUACACUAAAGUUUUGGCACUCAACAAAAUACAUUUGCCUCAAAAGCAGACAAUGUAGCAGCGUGCAAUUGGUGGGUUUUUUUUUUUAUUAUUUUACUUUUUUUUGUUUUUCUUGUUGCUCAGUCUUUACUACCUAUGUAUAUAUUCUCAUUUUAUAUGUAGCACAUUUGAAAUAUAACAUUAUGAUGGAAAGAAAAUCAUUUAUAAUAGUGUGAAUAAUGACUUGAAGAAUUGCUGUGCAGUUUUCAAAACGACUCCCAAUAAUACUCCCUCUCUGAAAAGGCAUGUCUGCUCAUGUUUAGGUAACCUCGGACCUUAUGUCUCAACAUUGUGAGGGUUUUGUUCAUCAGUCAGAUCAAUUUUAAAGUCAUCAUGCAUCAGUUCUGCACUCUGUAAGUCACGGGCCUCCAGUGAUAACCCAGAAAGUUCACCAUUUGAAAGAGACCUGGAGCCCGAUUAGAUGCUACACAAAGGUUGUGUUUUUGGUAUUAGCAAUAAUACCACAGAGGUGCACUGGUACUUGAUUGUAUGAUGUUGAUUUAAAACUAAUGCCAAAGUUACAACAGGGAUAUUCCUUUUUCAAGGGUGUGGUUAUACGGUUCUGAUAGCGUUUCUCAGUAUUAUUAUAUCCCUGGGUUAUUCCACUAUUUUAACCGAGAUUGUUUUGGAAAUUGCUCAUGAAUGACAAAACCUACUGAGUAAAUAAUAAUUUAAGAACGGAAAAGUGAAAUGAACAGUUAAUUUUCUUUUAGUCAUCUUUGUGUAUUUCUCUUGCAUCGCUGUGUAGCAAAGUUUUUAGAUAUAUUUUUUUAAACACUGGGCCAUAUAUUUUUAAAACUGCAGUAGUCCAUGUAUCUGGUCCUUUGCCACCACACAACGGCAGUCAUGUUGAACAUGAUGUGCCACUAUGUCCCA